AUGUACGGCCGGGAAGAGACUGAAAUCGUUCAUUCGUACAGAACAGAGUACCUUCGUAGGGGCGGCGCCUCUGUGUUGUGCAAUAUGCAGAUGCAAAUGCAGGCCGAACAAAAAAGCAGGAGACGAGACGAGAGGAGCAGUGAUGGGGCCGACGGGGUCAGCGAAGACACGGACAACGCGAUGAGCAACGGAGAGUGGAGGGAAAGGACUGAGAACAGAGACACGACACUGCAAGUUUGCAAGGAAGAGCGGACAACCUAA